AUGUUAUCGAAAAUGAUCAGACAAUGUAAAUUACAUCGAGUGCAAAUAGUACAACAAUAUAUUCGUUCAUCUGUAUCAAAUACUACAACGAAUUAUGAAAAUAUUCGAUUUGAUUCGAUUUCUACUGCUUAUGGAUAUAAAUCAAAGUCUGAAUUAUUUCGUGGUUGGCUUGUUUUCAAACUAUGUUCCUAUAAAUCGCUUGUCAAUCAUCUGUCUCAAUUAUUAGCUAUUUCAAAUACUAUUCUUGGUCAACGAUUAUUUGGAUAUAUUAUGCGUUCAACACUUUAUGGACAUUUUGCUGCAGGUACUGAUAAACAUGAAUUGAAACAAGUUGCAGAAAGAUUACAUAAACAUGGUAUUAAAUUAAUACUUGAUUAUUGUAUGGAAUCAGAUCUAGCAAACAGCAAACAACAGAAAACAAAUGAAGAAAUAUAUGAUGAAAAUAUGUUAAGAGCUCUAAAAAAUACUCAAACAGCAGCGGAAUUAUAUAGUCCAUCGGAGAUGACAGCUACUAAAAUAACGUCAUUGGUUUCACCUGAUAUCCUUCAAAAAUUAAAUCAAAUUAUAGAAGAACAAGAAUCAUCUAAUACACUUUCGAUUUUUGAAUUAGCUUCAAAAGCAUCUAUCAUAAAUAAAGAAGAAUUACUUGAAGUAGAACAUUUCCUGGAGCGAAUUAAUCGUAUUAUUCAAGAAGUUAAAAACCAUAACGGACGAAUUUUUAUCGAUGCUGAACAAUCAUAUUUUCAAACAGCUAUUCAUAAGUUGGUACUUGAAUUGCAAGAACAUUAUAAUCGUGAUCGUUUCAUUGUUUAUAAUACUUAUCAAUGUUAUCGAAAAACUACACUUGAUACAUUACGAAAGGAUUUAAUACAUGCAAAAAAACAUGGUUUUAAUAUUGGAUAUAAACUUGUGCGCGGUGCUUAUAUGGAUCAGGAGAGAAAACGAGCUUCGAAAUUACAUACUGUUGAUCCAAUUCAUCCGAAUUUUGCAGCUACUACUGAAUCUUAUCAUCGUGCAUUUAUUGAAACACUUGAAUAUGCAAAAAAUAAUAAUAAUAAAGUUCAUGUAUUUGUUGCCAGUCAUAAUGAAAAUACAGUUCAAUUCGCACUUAAAACUAUGAAAUCAAUGAAUAUUAAACAUAAUGAUGGUCUUGUUUCUUUUGGAACUUUAUUAGGAAUGUGUGAUUAUCUUGCAUUUCCGUUAGCUAGUGUUGGUUGUGAUGUUUAUAAAUGGGCACCCUAUGGACCCAUAGAUCGUCUUUUACCUUAUUUAACAAGACGAGCACAAGAAAAUCGAGCAAUAUUUGCUAAAGCAGAAAAAGAUCGUCAAUUACAUUUUAAAGCAUUGAAAGAAGGAAUUAAAAAUUAA